GCUGUAAGAGCCCAGUGAAAACAUUAUGGUCUUUGACCAGCACCUCUUUUAAGGUGCUGGAUUAGAGUGUCAGUUGUCUAGAAUUGCUUUUAUCUGGACAAAUGCUUAUCUGUUUAAACUAUGUCCUUGCAGGUGGAGGAUACUGUAGCUUUAAAACUGUAAGGAAAGAUAGUGAAACAGCCUUGCAGUCAGUCUACUAGCUGAUGUGCAUGUAUGGAGGAGUUGAUAAAUAAGCAGGUGCUCUCAUUAGAGACCUGUGUGUGGUGAAUGCCAGGGGGAUGGCUAUGCACAGGGCUUUUCCUUGUUAAUAUUUGGUGGGGGAGACAGUUGAGAUAACCCCCCCACCCCUGUCCCUGGAGUGUGUGUUGUAUUGCAAAAUCCUGUGUGUUCCUGGCAGCUGUUGCAGUGGCACACUCGGAGUGCUCCAAGCCUGGCAGUAUAAUCUAAAGGGAAUGCAGUUGAAUUGUGAUCUAUUGCUAUAUAAAAGGGGGCGGGUCACUCUGCUGGUUCCAGCUCCUUUUCUGUCAUUACUGCUGCAGAAGCACCAACCAAAGGCAGCUGGCACGCCUCUUCGUUGGCUCUUACAUAAUGUGGGGUUUCACAGGGCACUGAUGUAGAAAUAAAGUCAAACAUUCUUGAGGCAGACUCACAUUACUUGUAUCGCUGGUGCUCACUUCGCUGUGGGGUGUAGGGCUGCUCCUGGGAGGGUGAUUGGUGGCCCUGUUUGAGUGGAUUUUGGAAGGUGCACAGGAUGGCUCCAAGCGACACGAGGGAUGAACUUGUUUUCUUUGUCAAUGGUAAAAAGGUGGUGGAGAAAGAUGUGGACCCAGAAACAACUCUGCUAACCUAUCUGCGAAGAAAACUGGGCCUAUGUGGAACCAAACUAGGCUGUGGAGAAGGUGGAUGUGGUGCUUGCACUGUAAUGAUAUCCAAGUAUGAUCCCUUUCAGAAGAAAAUCCUCCACCAUACUGCCAAUGCUUGCCUCUUCCCUAUCUGUGCCCUGCAUCAUGUAGCUGUAACUACUGUUGAAGGCAUAGGAAACACAAAAUCCAGGCUGCACCCAGCCCAGGAGAGAAUAGCAAAAAGUCAUGGGUCCCAAUGUGGCUUUUGCACUCCAGGCAUUGUCAUGUCCAUGUACACGUUGCUUCGGAACAAACCUGAGCCCAAAAUGGAGGACAUAGAAGAUGCUUUCCAAGGGAAUUUGUGUCGGUGUACGGGAUACAGACCAAUUCUGGAAGGAUACAGGACAUUUGCCAAAGACUUGGGUUGUUGUGGCAGAAUGGCCAAUGGCACUGGAUGCUGUCGUAGUGAGAGGGAAAAUAGCAUGAAGGCGGGCUGCUGUGGAGGAAAAGCCAAUGGUCCAGGCUGCUGCAUGGACGGAAAAGAAGACAAUGUGAAAAUGAUGUCCUCCAGCCUGUUCAAUUCUUCUGAGUUCCAGCCACUGGACCCCACACAGGAGCCCAUCUUCCCACCAGAGUUAAUGACUCAGAGUAACAAACAGCAGAAACAGCUGUGUUUCAAAGGUGAGCGUGUGAUGUGGAUCCAGCCUACAACUCUCAAGGAAUUGGUGGCUCUCAAAUCCCAGUACCCCAAUGCCAAGCUCGUUGUGGGGAACACUGAAGUGGGUAUUGAGAUGAGGUUAAAGAACAUGUUGUAUCCGGUGAUAAUAGCACCAGCAUGGAUCUCCGAAAUGAAUGCUGUUCAGCACACUGAAACAGGGAUCACCUUUGGUGCUGCCUGUACCCUGAGCUCAGUGGAGGAGGUGCUGAGAAAAGCAGUGGCAGAGCUUCCUCCUUACAAAACAGAGGUCUUCCAGGCUGUCCUUGAGCAGCUAAGGUGGUUUGCAGGGCCACAGAUCAGGAAUGUUGCUGCUCUUGGCGGGAACAUAAUGACAGCAAGCCCCAUUUCUGACUUAAAUCCUGUGUUAAUGGCAAGUGGAAGCAAGUUGACUCUGCUAUCAAAUGAGGGCGAAAGGACUAUCAUGAUGGAUGAGAAGUUUUUUACUGGAUACAGAAAGACAAUAGUUAAGCCUGAGGAAAUCCUUCUCUCGGUUGAAAUACCCUACAGCAAGAAGGGUGAAUACUUCUCAGCUUUCAAGCAGGCUUCCCGUCGGGAGGAUGACAUUGCUAUUGUGACCUGUGGGAUGAGAGUCCUGUUCCAAGAUGGUACUAGCCGAGUGGAGGACAUAAAACUAAGCUAUGGAGGAAUGGGUCCAACAACUGUCCUGGCACUAAAAACCUGCCAGGAGCUUACUGGCAGAGACUGGAAUGAGAAGCUGCUGCAGGAUGCCUGCCGCUUACUGGCAGGUGAGAUGGAUCUGUCCCCUUCUGCGCCCGGUGGGAUGGUGGAUUUCCGACGCACGCUCACACUCAGCUUCUUUUUCAAGUUCUACCUGACGGUCAUUCAGAAACUGAGCAAGAACCACAAUGGCACUAACAACCUGUGUGAGCCCGUCCCCUCAAGCUACAUGAGUGCUACAGAGCUGUUUCACAAAGAUCCCAUUGCAAAUGCCCAGCUCUUCCAAGAAGUGCCCAGGGGGCAGGCAGUUGAAGACAUGGUGGGCCGGCCUUUGAUGCACGUUUCAGCAGCCAAACAAGCAUGUGGAGAAGCUGUUUACUGCGAUGACAUCCCUCACUAUGAGAAUGAGCUGUAUCUAACGCUGGUGACCAGCACCAAAGCCCACGCUAAGAUCCUUUCUGUAGAUGCAUCUGAAGCCCAGAAUGUUCCUGGGUUUGUGUGUUUUGUCUCCGCCAAAGAUGUUCCUGGCAGUAACAUCACUGGCAUCGCUAAUGAUGAGACUGUCUUUGCUGAGGAUGUGGUCACUUGUGUUGGUCAUAUCAUUGGUGCGGUCCUUGCAGACACACAAGAACAUUCCAGAAGAGCAGCUAAAGCUGUGAAGAUUAAGUAUGAAGAGCUCAAACCUAUUGUCACAAUUCAGGAAGCUAUUGAGAAACAGUCCUUCUUUAAGGCUAUAAAGAGGAUUAAAAAGGGAGAUGUGAAGAAAGGAUUUGAAGAAUCUGAUCACAUUUUGGAAGGAGAGAUGUACAUUGGUGGGCAGGAACAUUUCUAUCUGGAAACUCACGCUACUCUGGCUGUGCCAAAGGGGGAAGAUGGUGAGAUGGAACUCUUUGUGUCGACCCAAAACCUCAUGAAGACACAGGAGUUUGCUGCUAAUGCAUUGGGAGUCCCUUCAAAUAGGAUUGUGGUGAGAGUGAAAAGAAUGGGAGGAGGAUUUGGAGGAAAAGAGACUAGGAAUACUAUUCUGACCACUGCAGUGGCUGUUGCAGCCUUCAAAACUGGCCGCCCAGUACGAUGCAUGCUGGAUCGAGAUGAGGACAUGCUGAUAAGCGGUGGGAGACAUCCCUUCCUGGGGAGGUACAAGGUUGGGUUCAUGAAGAAUGGGAAAGUCAAGAGUCUGGAGGUUUCAUACUACAGCAAUGGGGGCAACUCUGUAGACCUCUCCUAUGGGGUUAUGGACAGAGCCCUAUUACAUUUGGAUAACUCCUACAACAUCCCCAAUGUCAGCAGUGUGGGCAUUGUUUGCAAGACCAACUUGGCUUCCAACACAGCCUUCCGUGGCUUUGGAGGGCCUCAAGGAAUGAUGAUUGCUGAGUGCUGGAUGAGUGACCUUGCUCGGAAGUGUGGCCUGCCACCUGAGGAGGUGAGGAAGCUCAAUCUUUAUAAUGAAGGAGACCUGACUCAUUUUAACCAAAAGCUGGAGGGAUUUACUCUGCGAAGGUGCUGGGAUGAAUGUAUGUCAAGCUCUAGCUAUCAUGCCAGGAAGAAACUAAUUGAAGAAUUCAACAAGCAGAAUCGCUGGAAGAAGAGAGGGAUGUGCAUCAUUCCUACCAAAUUUGGCAUCAGUUUCACUAUCCCGUUUCUGAACCAGGCUGGAGCUCUAGUCCAUGUGUAUACAGAUGGCUCUGUGUUACUUACACAUGGGGGUACUGAGAUGGGUCAAGGACUUCACACCAAGAUGAUUCAGGUUGCUAGCAGAUCACUGGGAAUCCCCACCUCCAAAAUUUACAUCAGUGAGACCAGCACAAACACUGUCCCAAAUACCUCCCCGACAGCUGCAUCUGUCAGUGCCGACAUCAAUGGGAUGGCCGUUCAUAAUGCAUGUCAAACCAUCUUGAAAAGACUUGAGCCGAUCAAACAGUCUAAUCCCAAAGGAUCCUGGGAAGACUGGAUUAAAGCUGCGUAUGAGAACUGUGUUAGUCUGUCGGCAACGGGGUUUUAUAGAAUUCCUGACCUUGGCUACGACUUUGAGAAGAAUGAAGGGAAACCGUUCUGCUACUUCAGUUAUGGCGUUGCUUGUUCUGAGGUUGAGAUAGAUUGCCUGACAGGUGACCACAAGAACAUUCGCACAGACAUUGUUAUGGAUGUUGGUACCAGUCUGAACCCAGCCAUAGAUAUAGGACAGAUAGAAGGAGCAUUUGUCCAAGGCCUUGGGCUCUUCACCAUGGAGGAGCUGCGCUAUUCUCCUGAAGGAAACCUGUAUACUCGAGGGCCUGGGAUGUAUAAAAUCCCAGCAUUUGGAGACAUCCCAACGGAAUUCUAUGUGUCUCUUCUCCGUGACUGUCCAAACAGCAAAGCAGUCUAUUCAUCCAAGGCUGUGGGAGAGCCACCUCUAUUCCUGUCUGCCUCGGUGUUCUAUGCCAUUAAAGAUGCCAUCUACUCAGCAAGGAAGGACUCUGGCCUGACUGAGCCAUUCAGGCUGGACAGUCCUGCCACGCCAGAGAGGAUCCGCAAUGCUUGUGUGGAUAUCUUCACCAAAAUGUGCCCUUCUGCUGAGCCAGGGACCUUUAAACCGUGGUCCGUGCGUGUGUAGAUGUGUAGAAGGGAAGCUUGAGGAGCAAACUCUCCUCCUGAAACUGAGCUGACAACAGAGGGACCACAAGGCAGUAGAACUGUAAUGGGAAAAAUAAAUCUGUGUUCAUGCGGCUCAUCCACUGAUUCACGGAGCUUUCACAUUUCAUUGUCCAAUCAUUGUUUCCUUCUAGCAGAAGGAAUUGCUGCCAGAUUAUAGCUGUGAUGUAAAUUCAAAUGAAGAGUAAGUGGAUGCUGAUGUUAUCCAGAUGUUACUGAAAAAUCUUACAGGUUUCAUUUAAAACUGCUGCAAGGAUGGGAGACAUGUUUAUUGCCAGCCAAUGUGAAAUAGCAGGGGGGUUGUUUCUUCUUUUUCUGCUGUAGGGAAAAGAUGGAUCACCUUGUGAUGCUGUGCCAAGAACUUAAAUGCAUUAUACCCAAACGGUCCUCUAGCUGAGAUGGGGGAAGGCAUGAGAGGCACUGAGGGCUGGACCCUGUUGUGUCCCUUCUGCACACAAAGCCUGAUGUACACUAGAGAAAGAUGAGGAGGAGUUUUGAUAUAAGCUAACGAAGGUGGUCUUGCCUAUUUAACAAAUGUGGUUCACAGGAAUAUCCUAAAAAUCGCUGAUUUAUCCUAUGUUAAAUGACUAUUGCUUUGUCUGCACUGGGGCUUUAAUGAAUUCUUAGUUCACGUACUACUGAUUAAAGAUAAAAACUACACCUAUACCAAGAAGACUUGCAGUAAGAUACUGCUUCAUUAGUACAGCGUUUUCCCACCCCACACCUCCACAUCUUUCCCCAUCCUUUAAAUAAGAGAGAUGUCCCUGCCUCUGGCAGGGGAGUUGGAACUAGGUGAUCUUAAGAUCCUUUCCAACCCUAACUAUUCUAUGAUUCUAUGACAUUAGAGAUCUUGGAAUGACAGAAAAAGUUACUCAUGGUUGUUCCCAAGGCAGUUUAUACCGGCCCAGGAAAGGGAGAGGAUGGACACAGCUGGGGAUUAGCUGGCGCUGGGUGCCCUCUAGGGUCAGUCCUUUGCUGUCGUCCUAUUGCCUUGCCUUCUUUCCCAGACAAAUCCUGGUUUUGCUGAAUGUAAGAGAAUGAGAAUGUUUUGCUACAGGGACUGCUUGUCUGAAAAAUGUGCUGUGUGAUGACCUCGUGUCUUCUGGGUUGAAUGCAUUUUUCAUGUUGGAUUUAACGCUGAGCAUCCCUCUUCACAGGUUUUGCCACUCACAUUUAACACUGUAGCAUCAUGUUAUCUCUAGGUGAUACCAGCCAUGUACUGUACCUGCUCAUCAUGUGCCAACUCUUAUCUGUUUCUCUGGCCCACAGCUUUAUGAAGAUGUCCUUUUUCAACCUUUGCACUCCUAGGGCCAUCCACAAAAUAUGAUGCAAGAGGAUGUAACUCCAUUGCUUUAUACAAGGUUUUGCUCACAUACAAACUGCUUAAAACUGGCCUCCAUCUUAGGACUUAAUGUAUGCACAGUUUGAAAUAUGUUCUUUAAACACUCCGGGGUAUAUAGCUUGGAAAUGUGCAGAUUUAUUUCUUGGCUUAAAAUAUUAUGGUUCUACCACCUAGGAGAAGCACAGUUGUGUAUGUGAGUUGCAGAAAGUAUUUUGUGCCUGCUGGGCUUGCUAUGUAAUUGUUUUGUUCAUUGAAAUAUGAUAUUGCUGUUUCUUAAGCAUAGAACAUGUGCUAAUACAGAACAUGGGGAGCUAUGGGCAAAGAGGAUGAUGGUGAGGAGCUUCCAGCGUUGUCUCAGGGGAAAGCCACCAGUGUUCACAAGAGACCUGUGGGUGUCCUGGGACAUGGUGGGAUGUCACCAGCAGGAUGAGGGAGUGCUCUUUAUCCCUCAUGGUUCUGGAGGCACCUUUUCCAUCAUUUCAGGAGGGGUUUGUGUGUCUCACAGUCACAGUGACUGCCUGGUCAGGUGGCAUUUGUAAAGGAGAUGUGUCAAGUGUCUCUUUCAUUAUUUGCUUUGUGUGUUAAUCUGAAGUGUAUUUGCCACAUGAGGUGUAUGUGCAGUGGUCAGAGCAGGAUAGGUCAGUGCAGACCUUAGCCUGUGGAGACAUUUUUGCUGCAGCACCAGUGAGCCACUGUUUCCCAGGCCCCAGUCCUUGUCCUCAAGCUCACUGCAGCUCAGGGCCCUCUUAUUACCCUUCCACAGCCAAUAGCUGGUGGAAGGAGGAAACCAGUUCCUUUUGGGAUGCACUGGAAUUGAAAGUAAAUUAUAUCAAACACCUGAGAGAGGGGGGAUAGCAUAAAAUCAGGGUUGCAAAGUAACUACAGAAACUGGUUUUGAGGGUGUAGGAAAAAGGGAAGCUUGGAGACUAAUAGGAGUUUACAGAGAGAUCAUAGUAAUGCCUGUGGGUGAGAUGGGCACCCUAAAGAACACAAAGCUGAGGUUUUCAUUUCACCUCUUGGUGUCUUAAGAUUUCAUACAUUGGUUUCCUGUGGAACUAAAUGCCAGGCACUUUAGGGAAGGAGGGCUGGCAGGAAUAAUGUGGACUGCACUACAAAGCUGCCUGAGAACAGGUCUCCUGCUGUCAGUGCAUGGCACUGCCCUCUGCUAGAUGCUGCAUCAGAUCUUGUUACACACAUCUCCCUGCAUGGGAUUUCAGCUUGCAAUUGCUGAAGGGAAGGCUGCUUAUGAAGAGAAGAAUGUUCCCAAUGAAAUACAGUAUGGAUGCAUGGCUAACGUUACAGUCCUUCCAGAAGUGUAUUCUCAGAAGAGGAACUAUGCCACCUUGCCAGACUGUACAGUAUUACGCACAAUAAGAGCACUUAAGUCAUAAUUGCUGUACCUGGGUAGGUUGUGUGAGGGUGGAAGGAGGCCAUCUGAUCUGAUGUCUAAAUGUUAUUAAAUGCAUGUCCCUUGGAGAGAGAGGGAAGCCAAGUUUUCAGUAAUUUCAGUUUUAGGUCGAUUCUAAUCAGGGUUUUUCACUACUGGUCUUUAAUGAGCAUUGUCAAAUCAGUGUCUUUGUACAUGAAUGUGUGUGGAAUUCUCUGUGAAUGUCACAACACUGCAAAAUAAAGCUAAAAGUUAUUCUGGAAA